AGUCUCGGCCUUCCGACUGCUAGGUGCCGGAGAAAGGGUGAGAGGCGCCUGGGCCGCCCUGGUUGUCAGAGUUUUCCAGCCGCCGUCGCCGCCCACCUCCCGGCCUCAAAUGUCAGAGCAGCGGGCAGAGGCUAGGGGGGACUAGGCCUUUCCUGCCCUGUGUGACCGGGACCGUGGGCAAGUCGCCGGCGGCAUCAGCAAUAGUAAUAAUGACUCAGGCUUAUGGAGCGCGGCUAGGCUUGUAAAGCGCUUCUCAAUUGGCCUCUGGGUCUCAGUUUUCCUAUCUGUAAAAUGGGGAGGUGGGUUAUGCACCGGAUGACCUCCAAAGCCAUUCCCCCAGAUCGCCGACCCUAUGAUUUAGGGUAGCAAGAGGACCCCAAAGUAUUAUUCCGCAGCGGAAGAAGCUGAGGCCCAAAGAGGUGUUUGUUCUACCGACUGAGAAGAUUCUCAAAUUAAAAUUUUGUCCAUUUCUUCGUUGCAAUAAAAGGUUCAGUGGAGUAAUUGUGUUUAUUAAAAAAAUAAGAUUAAAAAAUGGCUUCAAAAAAGGCAUUAGUCAUUCUGGCUAAAGGAGCAGAGGAGAUGGAAACAGUUAUCCCUGUUGAUCUGAUGAGGAGGGCUGGAAUAAAAGUCGUUCUUGCAGGUCUUUCUGGAAAGGACCCAGUACAAUGUAGUAGGGAUGUAUUCAUUUGCCCUGAUGAGAGUCUAGAGGAUGCAAAAAAGCAGGGCCCAUAUGAUGUGAUAGUCCUACCAGGAGGCAAUCUGGGUGCACAAAACUUGUGUGAGAGCCCUGUUGUGAAAACUCUACUGAAGGAACAAGAGAAAAACAAAGGCCUCAUAGCUGCUGUUUGUGCAGGGCCUACAGCUCUCCUGGCUCAUGAAAUAGGUUUUGGAAGUAAAGUCACAACACACCCACUGGCCAAAGACAAGAUGAUGAAUGGAAGUCACUAUACCUACACUGAGAGUCGUGUGGAAAAGGAUGGCAACAUUCUUACAAGCCGUGGCCCUGGAACCAGCUUUGAGUUUGGGCUUGCAAUUAUUGCAGAACUGAUGGGGAAAAGCGUAGUAGAUCAAGUGAAGGGCCCUCUCGUUCUUAAAGACUAGAGUAAGAAGUCCUUCUUGAUGAAUGAGCCUAACUUGUCCUUGGAUAUCACUAAUAGUUAAAUUUUUUGAAGUACGAGAAGCAUUGUAACACGAGAUACUUUCCAGUGUAAUUGUUCUCAGAAUUACAUCUAUGUAUCAGUUGCAUUUCAUUCAUUUAUGUACAGAAUUAAAGGAAACUUAGAAAAAUGUCUUCCUGCUUGAUAAUGUGACUGCAUUGGGGAUUGUCAGAGAGGCUGACAGACAGCUGGCUGCACAUGUGGCUACUUACUGCUUAGUCUUGCACUUUCCUGUUCACACAUUUCUCAACUUUGUGAGCCAAGUGAAAUAAAACAUUUGGUAAAGA